CUAGCGGCGGUGAGCGGGAGUUCGGAGAGUGUAUGCGGCUGCACCGAACCGGCGACGAGAGCCUCCGCCCGAGAGGAGGAAAGCGAAGAGCGGCCGGUCCCGGAGGCGCAGAGAGCGAGUAAAAGACGGGGCCGUGAGGCCCGGGGCCGGGGAGCUGUUACUGUUACUGUCCGAGGAAGAGGAGGCUGCGGAGCUCCCCCGCCCCGUUACACCGGGCCCCGCUCCCUCCUCCUCCUACCCUUCCUCCUUCUCCUCAGGGGCCAUGGAUCAGUGCGGCACGGUGGAGAGGGAGCUGGAGAAGGUGCUGCACAAGUUCGGGGGGUACGGGCAGCACUGUGAGCGCAGCCUAGAGGAGCUCAUGGAAUAUGCCGGGGGCCUGAGGAGAGAGAUACUGCAGGCUGCCGAACAAGAUGGCGAGUUAUCUGGGACGUUAUCUCUCGUGCUGACGCAGUGCUGCAAACGGAUAAAAGAUACUGUUCAGAAACUGGCAUCUGAUCAUAAAGACAUUCACAGCAGCGUGUCGAGAGUGGGGAAAGCCAUUGAUAAGAAUUUUGAUGCUGACAUUAGCAGUGUGGGGAUAGAUGGCUGUUGGCAAAAUGACAGCCAGCGAAUUCUCAGUGAGGUGAUGGUGGAGCAUUUCUUCAGACAAGGAAUGCUGGACGUGGCCGAGGAACUUUGUCAGGAAGCCGGCCUUUCUAUAGAUGCAAGCCAAAAAGAGCCCUUUGUUGAAUUAAACAGAAUAUUAGAGGCUUUAAAGGUCCGAGUACUUCGGCCAGCUCUAGAGUGGGCUGUAUCCAACAGAGAGAUGCUCAUGGCUCAGAACAGCUCUUUGGAAUUCAAACUGCACAGGUUAUAUUUUAUUAGCUUAUUGAUGGGAGGAACAGUCAACCAGCGGGAAGCACUGCAGUAUGCCAAAAACUUUCAGCCUUUUGCAGAAAACCAUCAGAAAGAUAUUCAGGUCCUUAUGGGAAGUCUUGUGUACCUACGGCAGGGCAUCGAGAACUCUCCGUAUGUUCAUCUUCUAGAUGCAAACCAGUGGGCAGACAUUUGUGACAUCUUUACUCGUGAUGCUUGUGCCCUGCUUGGUCUCUCUGUGGAAUCACCUCUCAGUGUUAGCUUUUCCGCAGGAUGUGUUGCACUCCCUGCCCUCAUUAACAUCAAGGCAGUAAUAGAACAAAGGCAGUGCACAGGGGUGUGGAACCAGAAAGACGAAUUACCUAUUGAAGUGGACCUUGGGAAGAAAUGCUGGUACCAUUCGAUAUUUGCUUGCCCUAUCCUUCGCCAGCAAACCACAGAUAACAAUCCUCCUAUGAAACUUGUUUGUGGGCACAUUAUAUCCAGAGAUGCGCUGAAUAAAAUGUUCAAUGGCAGCAAAUUAAAAUGUCCAUAUUGUCCUAUGGAGCAAAGUCCGGGAGACGCCAAGCAGAUCUUUUUCUAAAGAAUUUGAUUCGUUCUGGAAUUUGAUGGACUUGUGUUUAGUAUGAUAUCCCUGGCGUGCUUGAAGAAUCCCCGGGGAAUGCUCCUUAUUCUCUCUGUACAGAAGGCCAACAUCACUAUUUAACUGUUCUAGGUGGUUUCAAGGAGAUCCCAUCAGCGCUGGGGGAAACUCACAGCUUUGCCCUAUUCCAAGGCUGCGACUUUUCUUCUCAUUCUGUAAUCUCUCUCUGUGAAUCUGACCCGGGCGCAGCACCAGCAGUGGUCAAAAUGCAGGUUUCUUUUGUAAAAGAUGUGACUUUUUAUUGCUGAAUCCUAGAAACGACCCUUUCCUGUACUUAUUCCUCUCUUUCCCUCGUUAUCUAAUUGAGAAUUGUCAAUAUAGAGAGAUGUUGUGAGUAAUAUUCCCCUGUAUGUUGUAUAUAACUAUAAAACAAAUACUACAGAAAGUAUCAUAAAGAUAAUAGUGGCUAUAGAAGAGAAGUGACUUGUAUUUUUUUGCCUAAGACAAAUGGCUGAAUUAUCCGGAGUUUUCAUUCAGAGGUUUCUUUUUUUCUUGCUGUAAUUGACACAAAAAAAUAAAUGUAAAUAAAUAAACCUACUGACAAAUGUAAAGGAGCGAAAGGGACUGUUUGCUGAAAAUAUGUUUUAAAUAUUAAGAAAUGUUUGUGUGACCAGAAUAUUCAAUAAAAAAAAAUUCUACCAUA